AUGUCCUUGUCAUCAGAUGAAGUGAAUAAUUUAAAUCGGCUCCUUGAGGGUUUAAUGUCGACUGAUAACGAACCUCGAAGGGCUGCUGAAACUGCGCUCGAAACUAAUUGGAGGAACCCGGACAAUGUGGGCCUUCUACUUCUCUACUUGGCCACGAAUGCCGUCAACGGUACGAGUCAAACUAUUAGAACAUUUUGUGCUAUUCUUUUUCGAAGGAUGUCUAUUAGAUCGCCUAAGAAUCUCGGCAGUGUCACUGAUAGGACAAUUGGGGAGGUUGACGAAUCUGUAAGGAUUCAGAUCCGGAACAUUUUACUCACUGGCUUUGUCUCUGAGCAAACCUCCGCAGUCAGAAGAAAAAUAGCUGAUGCAGUGGCUGAAGUUGCCAGAGAAGAUUCUUCGCCAAGUGGUACAUGGCCUGAUCUCCUCCAGACUUUGUUCGAAUCUGCGAGCAGCCAACUGAACAGCCUUCGAGAAUGUGCUUUUCGUAUAUUUUCUAGCUGUCCAGAAGUUAUAUCAGAAAACUUUAUUGAAAAAGUUUUGCUACUUUUCGAAGCUGGAUUUGAAGACGAUGAUGACGAAGUGAGAAUAUCAGCUUGCACGGCAUUUGUCUCUUUUUUUAGAGAGUCUCCCAGAAAUGUUUGGCUGGUAAUGAAUCCUUUAUUGCCAAAUCUUUUGAAUUCUUUACCUCGAUUUUUGGAGAAUGGUCAUGACGAAGCUCUCGCAAAUGUGCUAGAGAGCCUCGUAGAGCUUGCUGAAAUGGCGCCCAAAAUGUUCAAAGAUAUGUUUCCCACCAUCAUUGAGUUUUGCUCUACAGUCUGCAAGAAUAGUGAGCUAGAAGUGAACUCUAGGUUGGCUGCCUUGGAACUCUUGACAACUUUCGCUGAAGUCUCUCCAGCGAUGUGUAAGCUGACCACGACUUAUUCCUCCACGAUGGUGAUGAUAAAUUUAUCACUCCUAACAGAAAUUAGUAUUGAUGACGAUGAUGCAGCUGAGUGGAACAAUAACGACAAUUUAGAAGAUGAAGAAGAUGAGCCUGAGUAUGAGGCAGCACGACAGUCUCUUGAUAGAAUAUCGUUGAAAGUUCAAUUCGCCUGUUGUAAUGCUUUGGGUCAGGUAUCUACUGAUUUUGCGGGUGUCAUACAGAGGACUUCGGGCGACAGAAUACUUCCUGCUUUGAUAUCUAAAUUAACCACGAGAUCUGUUUUCAAGGUACAGAAGCAUGCCGCUGCUGCAUUAGUGAACUUUUGUGAAGCAGCUUCUAACGAUGUUCUCGAACCUUACUUGGAUGAUCUAUUAAACAACUUAUUGGCGCUUUUGCAAUCGCCUAAGAGAUAUGUGCAAGAGCAGGUGUUGACAACAAUUGCAAUUAUUGCAGACGCCGCGCAAGCCAAAUUCGUCAAAUACCACGAUACUUUACUUCCUUUAUUGAUAGAUUUUCUCAAGAGCGACAUGGGUGUUGAAAACCGCUUGUUAAAGGCUAAGUGUGUCGAAUGUGCGACUUUAAUUGGCACAGCUGUGGGAAACGAAAUUUUUGGUCAAUACAGCCGAAGCUUGAUCGAAAUACUCAUCGAGCUUCAAGAAGGCUGUACGGAAGUGGACGAUCCGUUGAAAUCGUACCUAGAACAGGGCUGGGGUAGAAUAUGUAAACUUAUUGGGAAAGACUUUUUGCAGUAUCUUCCCAUAGUGCUACCACCAUUGCUUCAAACUGCUAAAGCGGCACAAGAUGUAUCACUCUUAGAGGAAGACGAAGCUGAAGAGUUCAAUAACAGCGAAGAAUGGGAUGUCAUUAACCUUUCUGGGAAAUUAAUUGCUGUUCAUACAGCUGCUCUCGAUGACAAAGUGACUGCUAUGGAUUUGCUUCGUGUAUACUCGGCUCAAUUGAAAGGUGAGUUCUUCUCAUGGGUGGGAGAGAUCGCUCAAGAAAUCGCCAUUCCUGCCUUGGACUUCUAUUUACAUGACGGUGUCCGCGCUUCGGCUUCACUUACCUUAGCAUCGUUAUUCAAAUGCACUGUUUAUGCCACUGGUGCUCACUCUCAGGAAACUUGUCAGAUGUGGGUCCAGAUUUGUGCCAAGCUAAGUGAAGCGCUUACGAGUGAGCCAGUACCAGAGCUUCUUAUGGCUUACUACACGGCAUUUAUUGAGUGCAUUGACCUAUUAGAUCCCAGAUUAUUGUCGAGUGAGCAUUUGAAUGCGUUAACAUCUGCCUUGCAAUGUAAUCUAUCGGAAAUCUACGAUAGACUCAAGAAUAGGGAUACUGAAGAUGAUCAAUAUACGGAGGAUGUGGAUGAUGCUGAUGAGGAGAUAACAGAUGAGGAAUUACUUGAUGAGUUAAAUCGUGUUAUCACUUGUCUUUUCAAAAAGUGCCGCGAUUCGUUCGCUCCGCAUUAUGAGAAGCUGUUAUCAUCCCUCGUUUCUGCAUUUAUUGUUGAUGAAAAUCCUAGCAUUAGGCUUUGUGGUUUGAGUAUAGUUUGCGACUUGUUUCACUACGUUGCGGAUUCAUCUGAACAACUCAAUUAUCUUAGCUACAUCAUUUCCGACUGUUUGACAGCGCCUCAAGCGGAAAUAAGACAGGGAGCAGCACACGCCAUUGGACUCGCUGCAGAACAUAAGGGACCGCAGUAUGUGCCGCUAUGCGUUGAAAGUCUCCCGGUACUUUUCCAGGUGGCCACCUUUCCAGAUGCAAAGGCAGACGAGAAUAUCCAUGCCACUGACAACUGUGUGUCUGCAAUUGCAAAAAUAUGCGAGAAUCACGGUGGGUCAGUUCUGGAAUCUAAUAAGGUAGUGUCACAAUGGCUCAAUCUUUUACCAGUUCUUCAUGAUCUGGAAGCUGCGACAUCUUGUUACAAGUUCCUCACCAUUCUUAUUCAAAGUGACCAUCCCGCAGUCAUCGCGCAGCCUCACAGAAUAGUUGAUUGUAUACUUCUCGCCCUUUCGCACAAGUCAAUCCGCGGCAACAUCGCCGAUAAAUCUGUCGAAGCCACCAAGUCAUUACUUAGCGGGAUCUCUCAUGAUGACGCCAUCAAGAUCCUUGCAAACUUCAGCGACCAAGCUGUAAUCGAGGCAUAUUUCAAAUUGGUUAUAACACCCACGGAUUCUCUCAAUAUGAACGAGUCAAACUCUGGGCGAUCGUCCUCGCUAACAUCGUCACAAUCAAAAAGAAACAGUUCCAGUACAAUUGAAAGUAGUGUCACGCGAUUGUUAGUGUCCACGAAGCACUUGCUUGAAAGCUUGACGCAAUGGACGAGGCAGGAGGUAGACGACAAGUUUGUUUCGGAUGCUUAUGUCAAGUUGGGAAACGACUUCAGAGCUGCCGUUAGGGCAUUUUCGAACGCAAAAGUCGACGUGUCCGACAUUGGCGAUGUUCCCAAGGCCCUUAGGAUAGUCUUGGAGUCUGCUUUAAGCGAACCACCUACUCAGGAGAGUUUGGAUCGGUUCCUUCCAAACAUCAGAAGUAUUAUUGUGAAUCUUCUUCAAAAUUUGAAACAAAAACAGCUUAAAAUUAAAGGGUUAGACGAGGAUCUUUCCGCCCGUGUGGGUACGAAAGACAUUGGGCAAGGGCCACUUGAUACGCCAAUGAAGCCUUCGCUGCUGAUGGAUUCCCUGUGUCAAAUGGAAGCCGAUUCGAAUGCAGAUAUUGACCCAGGCAACUCUAUAACGAAAUCGAACCUUCGUGAUGGGAAGCAUGAAUCAAGUCUGGUGGAUGGCGUCAAAAAGGAUGCCCUCAGACAAUUGCAAGAAAGCAGAGCCAUUCUGCGUCGGGCAUCUAAGAGAUUUAGUGCCUACCAGUUCGCAAAAUUAGCUAAUGCUAAUAAGCCAGGUCUUCUUCCCUUGACUGAUGACCAAACCACCAAGAUCGCUGAUAAAUCUUAUAAUGUCGUUGAAAAGCACAACUCGGAAAAACAAAUGUCUGGAAGGAUUACGGUGUUUCUUCUGGUUGGAGAGAAGACAAAAAAAGUUUUACUAGAGAAGCCGAUCACCAUGGCUUCUCUUCGUUUAUGCUUCGUUGAAAAGUUUGCUUACUCCCCGGGAAGUACUAUCUUCCCUGAUAUUUAUAUUGAGGAUAAAAGGCAUCUAACAUCAUACGAACUUGAGGAGCAUUUACUCGAAUCUGAUGUCACUGAAGGUGUAUCGUUGUCUUUGCGCGAGAGCAAAGUCGCUCCACCCGCUAUCUCGGAAAGCAAAUUAGAUCGAAUCAGCGAAGAUAUCGCAGUAUUUUUCACAUCAAUGAAAGAUGAUCUCAGCAGUAUGAGCUCUGAAAUUAAAAAUUUAUUACCUAUAGCUAAGCCUAUGUCAAAUCAGACUUAUUCGAAGAAUAAUCCGACAGUCACCAAGGACUUGGAUUUGAUUUGUCGUGAUAUCAAGGCUGUCAAGCAGGUUCAGAAUGUGGGUCGUGAGGAGAUCAUAAGGUUGGUCGAAUCAUCAAGGCUGUUGACAGCGAAGCUUAAAGAGUCGUCUUUGACGCAGCCGCUUUCAUCUAACCGGCAUUAUAUGGAGAAUUCCUAUGCCAAGUUAUCAGGUGAUUCUGAUUUCUUAUUGACCAAGGUUGACGAUUUGCUGGAUAUGAUGGAAGCGCUUAGAAAAGAUGUUGCUCAAAGAGGCGUACGUAUAGGGGAGAAACAGCUUAAGAACGCCUCAAACGAAAUUGAGUAUGCGAAAGGCGCAUUGAGCUGCCUCAGAACUUAUAUUGGAUCUGAGAAGCCUAUGUGGAAGAGGAUAUGGGAAAAGGAGUUGGACAAAGUCUGCGAAGAGCAACAGUUUCUUACGUUGCAAGAUGAUCUUACGCUGGAUUUGGUUGAAGAUAUAAAAAAGAUAGAGGAAACGUUUGAUUUGAUUAAGCGCUGUUCCUCCCAACAAAGCCGGAUGAUGCUGAGUAAGCGCACAGACAUAGUAACUCGGAUGAAUCUCCUCGACACUGGAGAAAGCUUACACGGUCUUAAGGAUGCAAUGCUAUCCGAGGUGGCCUCGUUGAUUCCCAAUCAUUCAACUCGGCUCGAAGCAAUAGCAAGAGCUGAGAGGAUCCGAAACAAGGAGCGCGAGUUGAUGGGGGGUGACCAGUUCCAGGAAGAAUUAGGCUCCUUUGUAUCGGAGAGUCGGUUGAGGAAGUCUGGCGGUAUUGAUGAGUUGGAAAAAAGCCGAAGAGAAAAGGAUAGCGAAAACCUUAGGCUGUUUUUUGGUGUCAUUUGA